AGUGAGAGAGAGAGAGAGAGAUGAGACCAAAGAGCAGCUUAUCAAGCUCCGACGGAUUCCAGCCAUGGCAAUCUCCAAUACCUUAUCUCUUUGGAGGACUGGCAGCAAUGAUGGUGCUCAUUGCCGUGGCACUCAUACUUCUUGCCUGUUACCAACACAGAUCAUUGGCCGUGGAGAGCCGGCAGCCGGCGAGCCGGCCAGAGAAGUCUGAGAUUUCUACGACGGAGAUGGAGCGGGGAGUGGUGGUUAUCAUGGCCGGAGAUGAACUGCCUACUUACUUGGCAAAUCCACUCCGCCAGCCGGCGAGCCGGCCAGAGAAGUCUGAGAUUUCUACGACGGAGAUGGAGCGGGGAGUGGUGGUUAUCAUGGCCGGAGAUGAACUGCCUACUUACUUGGCAAAUCCACUGUCUGCCAUAUCUACUAGCUCUUCACGAUAGAUAUUGUAAAAUAGUGAGUUUGUGCAUUUUGUUACUUGUUUUUUCAGUUGAGUUUUUGUUU